CGCUUCCGCCGGCGUCGGUGACCUCCUCAGGCUUGCACGAUGGACGGAGUCGACGAGACACAAAGGCUGGAGAGGCUGGCUGACCUGCUGACUCAGCUCUCCUCCAAUCCCUACGAUGUCGCUCUCCACGCACAGCACAUUUCUCUGGCCAUGUCCCUGUCGGGCAUGGACUCGCAGGUUCUGGAAGCACGAGAGAUGGCCACCAACUAUGUGGCAAUGGGAGACGAGGUUUGGAUACCUAUCAUCGACGACAAGGUAGCUUCACUGGCCAUGGAGGACGGCGUUAAAAUCACCGAAAUCUUGGAAUUGUAUGAGCGUGCAGAGAGAGACUACCUAUCAAUCCCAUUGUUACGCAAGCAUGUAGAAUUCUUGAUUAACGUCCACGAGCAUUUCAAUGGGACCACCUUCGAUUCACCGGAAGAGUUACAGGAGGUAUUUACAUCCGAAUGGGCACGAGACGCUAUCGACGAGGUAGUAGCCAAGGGUGCCGUGCACUUGACUCAAAGUCAGCAGCUUUGGCAGUUACAAAGGGACUGGGAACUCGACAUGCUUGAUAAUACUCCAGUAGAGGACAGGGCACCUCUUGUUGGCUCUGUUCAGAAUCUCAUUCUCGAGCGACUGCAUCAGCCACACUCAGGACACGAAGACACUUUUCAAUCGUAUUCAUCGUUUACGACAAAAUAUAUGCCUGCCAACGGGUACGAAGGACUUCUCGUCGCUGCAUCCAAAGUGCGUUCCCGUGCGGCAAAAGCAUAUGAACGCCGUGAAGGCACUGAGCUCGGACUUACUUCGCUGGAUGCAUAUGCGCAAUAUAUUGCUUCUGAACGACGAGCAAAGAACCCUGAUGUGUUCGUAUUGACGGGUGUAUACGAACGUGCCGUUGCAGAGGCAGCCAAGCGUCGGUUUGCUGGAGAGGUUGGAGCGGAAGAGGCCUUGCGUUCGUUUUGGAUAGGGUACCUGGAUUUUUCGAGGACACAAGGAGUCAAGGACAGCGAGAUGACAACUCUGUUAGGUCGCGCAACAAGGAGCGUGCCUGGAUCAGGUGAAGCUUGGGCGAGAUAUAUUCGUCAUUUGGAAAAAGGUUUUCUUUCCGAGAACGAAUCGAUGGAGGAGACAGAGUCGAUUUCGGACGCAUAUAGCCGAGCUCUGUCUACCAAUCUUUUCACAAAACUUGGUAAAAACAGUCCAGAUCGUGACCCGGAACAGAUCAUUCCACUCGUCCUUGCCCGAGCAAGUGCGGAGAAGCAUGCUAUUGAGGCAGGGCGUGCUAGCGAAGAAUCGCUUGCUGACCUUGUCAAGAUCGUAGUGGACGGACUGGCGAUGGUAAGAGGAGCUUCCAAAACGGGGGACCCGAGAUUCAGACUUGAGAAAUUCCUCUCCGAGUGGUACCUGAACCUUGCUGAUAUGCCUGAUGCAGCAGUUCAACUUUGGGCAGCCACUGCGAAGCACUACAAAUCGAGUUGGGCAUCCUGGGUAGCAUAUACGGAUGUUCUGAUACGCACAGACCACCAUGAUCUUGCCCGUUCGACUUUUCAAGACGUCAGCACCAAAAAUCUAGAUUAUCCCGAAGCGUUGUGGGAUGCAUGGAUCAACUUCGAGUAUGCACACGGGUCCUUGACGUCCCUCGAAGAGUCACUGGCACGUAUCGAACGUGCAAGAACGCAGGUGGAGGCAAGGCGCAUGAGGGAGGCUCAAAAAGCCUUCGAAACAGCACAAGCCCAAUACGUUAUGCAGCAGGAAACCGUUCCAGCUCCUACCUCUGCCGCUGUACCGAAGACUGGCAAGGUCACAGGUGCGCAUGGUAUCGACGAAGAAGGUAUGGAUGUCGACGAGAUGAAUUCGGGUGCUCUGGGGAAGCGUAAAGCGGACGAUGACGAACCCGCCGAAACUGCCGACGGCAAACGGCAGAAACUAGAGAAACUGCCUGUGCCGUUGAAGAGAGACCGGGAGAAUUGUACUGUGUUCGUUGCAGACCUGCCUUCAGGAACGAACGAAGAACAGUUAAGAACGCUAUUUAAGGACUGCGGAGAGAUUCGUGAAGUGAAGAUUACACAACUGCCACAGGUUCUAGUGGCCACCGUCGAAUUCACGACGCGGGAUAGCGUCCCUGCUGCACUGACUAAAGAUAAAAAACGUAUUGACGGAACAGAGGUCAAUGUACACCUUGCUUGGCGUUCGACGCUAUACGCUACCAACUUUCCUGAGAAAUGGGACGAUACUUCUGUACGAGUCCUUUUUGGUCAGUAUGGUCCCCUAUUCGAUGUACGGUGGCCAAGUAAAAAGUUCAAAACGACGCGGCGGUUCUGCUACGUGCAGUACACAUCGCCGGAAUCGGCGGAACGAGCGUUAGAACUACAUGGCCGGGAAGUCGAACCGGAACGGACUCUCAAUGUGUAUGUGUCCAACCCCGAGCGCAAGAAGGGGCGGACGGACGCAGACGCGAACGAGAAGGAGGUUUACGUCGCGGGGCUCAGCAAGUUCACGACGAAGGAUGACCUGCAGGGAUUGUUCUCAAGGUACGGGCCUGUGAAAGACAUCCGUCUUGCCGAAGACAAGAACGGCCAACUGAAAGGAUUUGCUUUCAUCGAAUUUCAGAACGAUGCAGACGCUCGUUCCGCUCUUUCUGCGAAUAACUACGAGUUGAAGAAACGGCGGAUAGCCGUCACUCUCGCAGACAUGCGUGUCCGGGCCAAGAACCGGGAGUCCUCAGACACUGGUCUUGGUCGCCGCGCUGAAGCUCGGAACCGAUCUGUUCGUAUUCGUAACCUACCUCCCGACGCCCAAGAAGGCCUUCUUCAGCAAGUCCUUGAGAAACUCGCAGCUGUGAAACGAGUAGAGAUUCUGUUGGAAGAACGGGAGGCGAUAGUCGAACUUGAGAACGCAGCGGAAGCUGGAAAGUUGACGUUAAGAACAGAACCCAUAGUAUUCAAGGGCGUUAAUCUGGAUAUCUCAGAAGAACUGCCUUCUGGCACCGCACCGGCCGGACCUCCUGUCAAAACUGGAGGUGCGAUGUUCGUACCCCGUACGGCUGUUUCAAGACCUCGAGCAGGUUUGGGACGGGCACGGAAGCCGGGAAUAGGUUCGGCUGCAGUGGCAGCUAAUAGGGGUAGAGGACAGUCUACUGCUUCGAGUGGCGGUCAGGCGGGGAAAAGUCAGAACGAUUUCAGGAAGAUGUUAGGUUGACAACAGAUCUCGCGGAACGCCGUUGAAUGUCACAUCGUCUGUAUAUUUUGUCACCAUAUUGUCCCCUCUCCUGGUCACUUCAGUCCUAAGAACGAGGACUAGUUUCAACAGGCCAAGUGUUUGGAGUGUUU